GUCGUCGUCUUCCUUGAGCACCAAAAAAGCCUCCAAGCCUAAGUCCCAAGAUGCAGGUCCACCAGGCUGUGUUUGGAGCCGCCGUGCUCGGCAUGCUGUUGGCCAUCGGAGCCUCCCUGCCCGUCUUGGAUGCCAGCUCGGGCAUCGAUAACGCCACCAUCGAGGAGCUGAGGGCCAGCGUCAACGAUACGCCCAAGAAUCUCUAUGUGGUCAAGGCGGUGGUCUAUGAGAUUGGCAUCCUGACGGAGGUGGGCGAGAAUGACACCAGUUUCGAGAGCCAGGAGCGCGUGGAUCUGACCUUCUACGACACGCACAGCAACAAGAGCCACAUCGAUCUGGGCAACAUUCCGCUACCCAUCCAGACGAACGUCACCGGCCAAGUGCUGACCGGAAUUGCACCCGUCAAUCUGGGUGCCUUCAGCAGCCCCCAGGAAUUGCUGGAGACCCUGCCCCUCACCGGUAGCAUUGUGAACAUCACGCACAGCGACACCGCCUUCUACCAGCUGAGCCGCUCCAACACCAGUGCCGCCGAUAAGCCACAGAUCCUGGAUCAGGAUGCGCUGGCCAAGCUCACGCAUGCUGCUCAGUUGUUUCCGCCAUCGUCGCAAAUCGGCCAGUCGGUGCCCAUCAAUCCGGCCACCGAUAAUGAGGUGACGGAGCCCGAGGAUUAGGAUUCUCUCAUCGUAAUGCAGUGCGUUGCUCUCUCAAAACAACCAUACAACCUAUAAAUAUACUAUAGAUAUACUUAGUUUUAUGGCUUCACAAACACAGACUUACUUACUUAAGUAAAACUACAGUGCUAGAAAAGACUGGACGACAAGAAGAACCGGACAUCACAAGGUUGGAAUUUCACUUUUCUAUUGUAAAGUAAAAAUAAAUUUCGCAUUAGUGCUAGGUAAAUGA